UGUUUUACGGCUGCUGCCAGAUGUGAAACACACCCAUGUUACAGGACCGCACCUCACAUGACUCAGCUCAAAGCAACCAGGAAACGGGCUGUUCCUCUUCCUAAGAGAAGAGCACAGACGAUCAGACUGAGUUCAGACCAAACUAGCAGCUUCCUCUGAGUGAGUCCAGCUACAGGAGAGAAAAGUGGAAAACUCCAACACUGCUGCUUCAAGCUGCUGACGCUCCACACACUGAAUCUUCACUCACAGACUCAAUGGCUUCCAGAUCAGAGGAGGAUCUCUGCUGUCCGGUCUGUCAGGAGGUCUUCAGAGAUCCUGUUCUUCUGUCAUGUAGCCACAGCUUCUGUAAAGACUGUCUGAAGAGAUGGUGGAGAGAGAAAGGGGAACGUGAGUGUCCAGUUUGUAAGGAAAUAUCUUCAAAGAAGCAUCCACCUUUAAACCGAGCUUUAAAGAACCUGUGUGAGUCGUUCUUACUGGAGAGAGCUUCAGAGGCUCUCUGCAGUCUGCACUCUGAGAAACUCAAACUCUUCUGUCUGGACCAUCAGCAGCCAGUGUGUGUCGUCUGCAGAGACUCUGAAAAACACACCAAUCACAGAUUCAGACCCAUCGAUGAAGCUGCACAACAACACAACAGGAAACUUCAGGAAACUCUGGAGCCCUUAAAGAAGAAGUUAAAGGUUUGUGAAGAAGUUCAAGUGAAGUUUGGUCAAACAGCAGAACACAUUAAGGUCCAGGCCCGACACACAGAGAGGCAGAUUAAGGAGCAGUUUAAGAAGCUUCACCAGUUUCUAGCAGAGGAAGAGGAGGCCAGGCUGGCUGCACUGAGGGAGGAAGAGGAGCAGAAGAGUGGGAUGAUGAAGGAGAAGAUGGAGGCUCUGAGCAGAGAGAUAGCAGCUCUUUCAGACACAGUCAGAGCCACAGAGGAGGAGCUGAGAGCUGAAGACGUCUCAUUCCUGCACAACUACAAGGCUGCAGUGGAAAGAGUCCAGCGCUGCCCCCUGCUGGAUGAUCCACAGCUGCCCUCAGGAGCUCUGAUAGACCAGGCCAAACACCUGGGCAACCUGACCUUCAACAUCUGGAACAACAUGAAGGACAUGGUCUCCUACACUCCUCUCAUUCUGGACCCAAACACUGCUCAUCCAAUCCUCAUCCUGUCUGAAGAUCUGACCAGUGUGAGAGGAGGAGGAGAGAGGCAGCAGCUUCCCGAUAAUCCAGAGAGGUUUGAUCAUUUCUGCUCAGUCCUGGGCUCUGAGGGCUUUAACUCAGGGACUCACAGCUGGGAUGUUGAAGUUGGAGACAGUAUAGUGUGGUUAGUGGGUGUGUUGGCACAGUCUGUGCAGAGGAAGGGACGCAUACUGUCUGAAUUUUGGGGAAUAGUGUUCAAUACAGGUAAAUAUUUUGCAUUCUCACCAUCUGCUAAAACUGCUCUCUCAGUAGAGAAGAAGCUCCAGAGGAUCAGAGUGAAUCUGGACUGGAACAGAGGAAAGCUGUCGUUCUCUGAUCCUGAUACUAACACACACAUACACACCUUCACACACACUUUCACUCACAGGAUGUUUCCAUACGUUUGCACUUAUGGUAAAGUGAAGGUGUUGCCGUUGAAGGUGUCAGUGUCAGUGGAGCAGAUGAGUUGAGGAUGAUGAUGUUUCUAAUGUUGUUUCCUGUCAGUGAAUUGAAGCUGUUAAACUGCAGCUGUCCUCCUGCUGCCUCGUUGUUCCAAAGCUCUUUGUUUCUCUUUUAGUUCUCACUGUUUCUUUCUGUUUCUGCUGUCCACCUUUUCACAUGGAAAAUCAUUUCACUGUUUCUCACUGAAUGACUCCCCAAACUAGAUUUGAAAUUCUAUCAAGUUUCUAUCAUUACAAUUGAUUCAUGUUUCUAUUUGAUGUGUGAACUAUUAAGCUUCAGUAAGCUAUUAUUAAGUUCUUAUUUCAACAUUUACAAAGCAUUACUUCUCCUUACUGUUCAUUUCUAAAUGUUUAUUCUUGAUUAAUAAAGCCCCAUAUAACAUGUUCAUUGUAUCAUUUUUAAAUAAGUGAUAAAGUAUUUAGAUGCACGUCUAUCUCCAUGUUUGUGUGUUAAUAAAUGUUUUAUAAAUGCUUAUUUUAAAAUAUAAUUUUGUAAUUCAUUGUUUGCGACACUUACAAGUUAUUAAGUAUUUUUUGUGACCUCAUCUAAAGUGAAGUGCAAUUUUGCCUUAAACUGUUUUUAUAGUUGACUCAAAAAGUCUCACAUAUCUUCACAACAGAAAAAUGUCACAAAGCACAAAGAGAUGCAAAACAUUCAAAUAUUUUUUUACCAGAUUGAAACAAAGCCCACCUGAGGUUUGCAGGAGAAGAGUCUGAGUUUGUAGGAGGAGUUUAAGAGCGAAAGAUGCACUGAGCCUCAGGAUAGCCCAGCUUAAAAAUAAAAUAUGAAUAAUGUUAUAACGAAACAAUAUUUCACAAAUAAGUGUAAACACCAUAAACAAAUUGUCCAUCAUGGCUGAUAAUGCAGGAGUUUGGAAUGUCUUUAGUUGAUUCCACCUUCCUGUGGUUUGUAGUCGGUUAGCUUUAGUCAGACAAGACAGCAUCCAGUCAGGUUCAGUUUCAAAAUGCUCCUGAAGUAAAAGAAAUACAUGGAGACGAUUUAAUUUGCUGGGAUUUGGACUGACGCGUGUUCAAUUGGAGCAGCAGUUUGUUGUUGCCCUCUUGAUUCUUUAUGACAACAAUAAAUAUAUUUUUAAACAAUGAUUCAUGUUUAACUCCAUAUAUGAAAUGGUUCUAAUAUUUGAAUUGUGGUUGUUUGCAUUUGAUUCACUUUGUCCGAUUAUAAUGAAAUUGAGAUCCUUCUAUUGUGGAAGUAAUGAGUCACUUCCCUCUCCUUACCUCACCCAGGUAAGGAGAGGGAAGCAUCUAAUGUGCCGUAGGUCACAUUAGAUGCUGAAGAGUUGACAAGGAAAAAAAAAACCCCUAAAUGUUAGCUCACAAAGCUUCAGUUAUAGUAUACAAUCAAUUGACAAAUAAUAAACCAAAUUUGUAUAAUCAUCUCCACCAGCCUGGAGCACAGAGAGGAGAAAUUAGACGAACCAAGAAUACAACAACUUUACUGACAUCCUGGAGUCAGUUGAUAGGCGAUUGUCCAGCUUCGAUGCGAUGUUGUCCCUGCUGAAGAUUUUACAGCAGGAAUUUAAAUCCCUGCGGGAAUCUCUGGAAUUCAGCCAGAAUAAGGUGGAAACGGUCGCUCCUAAAAAGUCCUCGCUACGCGACUGAGUUAAGUCUCUAACUGAGAAUGUGACCCAUCUUAAUACAGAAAAUAAAUGCAGGCCUGUAGUAUGAGAGAAAACUAUGUGUUUUCUGGUAUCUCAGAGGAUGCAGAAGCAACUAAUUAAAAGCUGCGAUCGAGUCCAUCGUCUCAGACCUAAGAGGUUGGUUGCCAGGAGACAGCAUCCUGUUGUGGCCAAAUUCGGACAUUUCAAAUAGAAAGACCAGCGAAGAGUUGCGUCAACGCUAAAGGAUUGGACUUCAGCAUAAACCACCAUUUCCCUAAAGAGAUCCUGGAGCAACACAAUGUCCUGUUCCUAAGUCUUCAUUAAUAAGGGCUCUACGUGGACGGACAGCUCUAUCGUGACCCUGCAUCACUCCCUGGUUAUAUUAACAUCACUGCAGAUAAGAAUCUGAAAUGUUGCUUCAGACGCCAACUACACUUAAAGAAAACAGUUCUGUGAAAAUGAAUUCUUGCUGUAGAAAAAGUUAAAAAAAAUAUUCAAUUUAAUGUAAGUCAACAGCUUUACUACAAAUUAGUUUGGUUUGGUGGCAUCCUAUUGUUCGUGCAAUGCCAUGAACGUUAAAGUGCAAUACUAUGUUGUCAGUUCCAAAUGCCUUUGGCUUAAACUUUUGUUUGUAUUUGUGCAACACUUGAAUUUAGAAAGCGAAGGUUGUUAUAUGUUUUGAAAAGGGAUAUCUGAUUAAAUAUGAAGAUUUUCUAAUGGACUUGUACUUCUUUGCAUGAAAAAGGUGAAAAAACAUGGACUUAUUAUAAUUAUUAAUAUUAAUAGGUAAUUAUGUUAAUAUUGUACUGCUCUAACCCACUUGACAUCUAAUUAGGCUGUAUGUUGCCCCGUGAACCAAAACGACUUUAACACCCCUGAUUUACACUAUAAUAACCUGCCUGGAACAUCAGCAUCUGUCCUCUGGGAAGCAGGGAAAGCUGUGAUGAGUUAAAAUAAUUGCAUUUCAUUUUAAAAAGAAAAAAAUAUAUUCAGGGAUUAGAAAAAAAACAUCAAAUCCUCCAAAGAAGCCUUCGUGUCCCAACAGGAACAGGAAAUACUGAACAAAAUAUGUAAAACUAGAAUUAAAUGAAAUUAUUAAUAAGACAGUCAAGCAAUAACGCUGGAUUCACCGCUGACAACAGGUGAACUCCAGCAGGAAUUAGACAGGCUAUAGUGAUUGAGGGCAUAGGAUGCAAGAAUGUGGAACAUAACAUCUUUAUGCGGAUGAUGUUUACUUUUUCUCCAAGACUCACAAACCACUCUCUCUGAGGUAAUUAUAUUAAUAAACUCUUUUUCAAGAUUUUCAGAUUAUUCAGUAUCUAUACUUCUUCUGAUUAAUUGCUCGUUUCAUAAUUCUUCUUCUACACCACUGCAGUCUAGAAAUAUAAACCCCCGUGUGCUAUCUUAAAAAAGCUACAAAGGACAAAGAAGGACUAGAUCUGCCUAACUUCUUAGCCAACAGGCUUAGGAUGGUUAAAACAUACCCUUUCAGAUGGGCCCUGGCUAGACGUAGAACAGGCUCUAACAAUAACAGAGAUUUUGGAACUACCAUUUAUCAGCUCAAACAUCAAAUGACAUCAAUAUCAGCUCCUUCCUGACAGCAUGGUGGGAGUUUCUAAAAAUGAUGAGUCUUCAUUAAUCCCAUGCAAACGUUCACCUAUCUGGAAGAACCCUGACAUAUUACAAAACAAUAAUAUAAUUAACUUCCCAGAUUGGAGUUGUAAAUGAAUUAAAUACUUGGAGCAUAUAUUCUAAGGAACAGACUAGUCCAUCUAAUAGACUAGCUAUACAGUGUGGGACUAACAAGAAUAGAUUUUUAGAAUAUCAACAAAUUAAAUCUAUAGUAAAAAAAAACAAACAAAAAGGAAUUUAAGGCUAAUGAAGUUAAAUAACAAACACCAUCACAAUUCCUUAAUCUUAAAACCCCCAAAAUACUGUCUAAAAUAUACAGGACAGUCUCCAAAAUAGAUGAAUCAAUAUCUCUUCCUAUUGCAAAAUGGGAAGCAGAUUUAUCAGUCAGUUUAGACCAAAAGUUCUGGUCUCAGAUAUGCGUAAAAAGCUUUAAAUUAAUUAGAAAUCCCAGUCUACAACCAAUACUACGCAAAACACUACAGAGUGCACUAUACAGGUCAGUGGAUAGUGCUAACCCCUCUUCUUCAGAACAGCUGUUAUGAUUAACUUCAGCCACAAGAUGGCAGCAGCUGGUCUGAGAUCCUUUAUCGGAAAGAAGAAUUCAACUCUCAGGUGUCAUGAGACAGUCUUCACUUUCAGAGAUGAAUUCAUGCCUGCACUGCCUUGUUGGUCCUAAACCUGGGAUUAUAAGGUUCUUUUUCUUACAGAAAAAGCAAAGACAAAGAGGAGCCGGGAGGCGUGUAGAGAAAAAUAUUGGAGCUUUAUUUAGUAUCAAAGCGGAGCGUGUCGUCCAGCCGAAGGAACGUCUCCGACUGCUUCACAUGGAAACGUCAGCAGGAAGUUUGUAAUGACGGAGCUCGUUUCAUCAGCUUGUUUUACUUCAUUUACAGCAGAAGAACUGAAAGUGUGUGGAGGGGAAGGGAUUUAAAGGAGCAAAGCGCUGUUUUUAGAGCCUUAAAGAGAAAUCACAUUUCCAGUCUGAAUCCUGUAAACUUCACAUGAUGAUCCAGCAUGAACCUGCAUUCACAAUCACUUCCUGUGUGCUUUAAUUCAACAUCUUUUCACCCUGCUGACAGUCUGUUCAUCACUUCAUCUGCACGUCAGAUGACGCCCAGGUUCAUUUACUUUGAACGACUUUGGACCUCUGAAAAUCAGAGAGCUAAAAGAAGAAUUUACAAGGCCCUGUGAGACAUUUGUAACUAGCGCUCACAGUUAGAAGAUGAAGUUUUGACGUCUUCAUGCGAUUCAUGUAUUUCCUGUUUCACACUGAAAAAAAGUGUUGUUUUGGAUGAGAGACGUGCUGCUGAUAGACACAAUCUGCAGAUUUCUACCCUGAGUUCAAAAUAAACAUUUUAUCUGUAACUUAACUGUUUCUUUAAUUCAUCAUAAAUAUAACCAAUCACAGCUCAUGCAGGGUUUAUUGUGAAGAAGAUGCACUAAAUGUAAGUGAAAGUUACCAGAGGAGAGAUUAGAGUAACAGCUGUGGUUGAAACUAAAGAGCUCCAGAGGAAAAGCUAAAAUUGUUUCUUUAAAGUAAAUGUUUGUCUUUAAACCGUUUCUAAUAUUAACACUUAUGAUAUGUGACUGAAUAAUCAGCGGAAUGAAUUAAACGGCUCUUCAGAAAUAAAUAGAUUUGUUCUUUUUGUCUGUUUCACAUUUGAAACACUAAGUAAUAAGCAGUCAUUAAACAAAACAGCGGUUAGCAACAGGACUCAAAAUCACAUAAAUCACUGAACUAUUAUUGACAAAAAUACAAAAUUCACAACAAAUACACUCAAUAUGAACUGAAACUAAAACAGGUGUGUGUUAGACUUUUAAUUUGGAAGACAUUCUUUUUUUUUUUU